AUGCUUCUUACCCUUAUUACGGGUUUUCUGCUUGGCGUCAUCGCGGUAAUAUGUGCUGUAAUCUAUGUCAUCUACUUUGAUCCGUUCGGAACAAAUUCUUCAAACCCUGCCCAAUUCGUCGAUCAAUUCCCACCGAUUCAGAUAGCUGAGGAAAUCCGCAAGUUCCUGAGAUCGGGUGAAGAUGGCGGUGGCAUUUCAAAAUGGGAAUCGACCGUUUCGCUCUCCUUGCUCAUGCACCUGCUUUUCCAAGAAAAUAAAGAUACCCGGGUGCUUCGACGAUGGGUACACAAGCGUCUGCAGCUCGAACUAAACGACUUGACAACACGAUCGAAGGCCGGCCGUUUUAUCGAGUCAAUUCGGAUCCGAGAUCUAAACCUCGGUACCAAGCUGCCCACCGUUCACAGAGUUCGCGUCGAGUCGGCUGAAAUGUCAGAAGAUCGGCAAACUUUUGAGAAUGUGGUCUUCCUGAUUGACUUGGAAUACGGUGGUGGUUUUGAGACUGCGAUUGAUGUUCGCACGCCGAUCGUUUAUGGAGGGUUGUCCCUAAAGGUCACUCAUCUAGCCGGAAAAUUGCGACUGAUUAUGUCGCGAAAGCCCUACAACCACUGGGCAUUCUCUUUCGUUUCCGACCCGGUCUGCAAGAUUAAGAUUGAUCCGCAAAUCCAGGGCCAUCCAAUCAAGCACAUGGUCGGCAUCGUAGAACAGCAGAUCCGAAAAGCUCUCCAGCGCAAACAUGUUUGGCCCAAUUACAAAGUUCGCUAUCGUCCAUUCUUCCCGAAUCCAUUGCUACAGCCAUCACCCGCCGCUGAAGAGUACGCCCAUAUGAAGCUAGUUGGCGGUUUGGAGGUCACGGUUUUACAAGGCACAAGGAUCAGGACGGCUCUCGUCGAUCAGAAUACGGCUUAUGACGUAUAUUGCACGCUGACUAUUGAUUUCCGGCCUUUCCUGCAAUCCACCGAUGUCUCGGCGGCCCAUUCCACGUCUUUGAUGCUAACAUUUUCGCGAUUUGACAGUGAAGGAGAAAGCGGACUGACGUAUGAAAAGGCUGUUCGUGGACAGCAAAAUCUCGUGAAGGUGCUGGCAGUGGAGGAGGGUUCUUUGGCUGAAAAGGCGAAUUUUAGAAAAGGUGACAUCAUCACUGCCAUCAACAAUCUGCCAACGAGAAGCGAACGUCAGGUGGAGAGCAUCCUCAAAAUGACCGGCGAGCUGAAGGUGUUGGUGGAGCGUAAUUUGGAUGAUUUGGAAGACCCAGAUUUGAAAGAUGACGAAGAUGACGAUAUUCUUUCUGAUGGGGCUGCUGAGAACGAGGCUUCGCAUGGGGCAGGGCUGCUGCAGAAAGAGCAUAUCACCUCGGAGAUCCAGACGGAGGAGCAGGGUACCGUCCGGAUGCGUGCACGGAGCACUUCGACAAAUAGUGAUUCGACACGCCGCCAUAGCCUUUCCAUCCUCCCGCCGUCAACGCCGUCCUUUCCACUGCAUACACCUUCGGAAUCCGUCUCGUCUUCAGUGAUCGACAUCAAUCAAACGUUCCCGUUCACGCGCCCUCCCGGAUCUGCCACUGUUGCUCGAACGGAAAGUGCUCGUGUGCCACAUGUUCUCAUCAGCACUCCAUCAAUGGACCUGCGACGCACCAGAUCCGAGUCGCAGCUCGACGUCAGGUUACCAAGCACAUCGGUUUCCAUCGAAAAUUUGAUUGCGAUCAACCCCAAUAUGUCGCAAGAUCCGUUUGACAUCUCGGAAGAGGCCUGCAGCAUCGAGAAAGUGACCCCACUAGGGCGAGUCCCUCUUGAACAACCGCCUACCGUUGAGCCGCUGGAAAUUCCUCGUGCAUUCCCUGAUCGCGAAGAGGACCUCAACUAUACCAGCGCGAGCCUGAACAUCCCAACGCACAACAGCCAAUCUUCGCUACUCUCGAACUUCUCGAACAACUCCUCUGCCAAUGCCGAGAUCUCGGCCGACGAAGAUGCCAAGCUUUCGCGAAACCGACCCCACAGCACUCGGCGUGCUCGGCUGCAUGCCACCCUCGUUGCCGGCAAAAAGAAGGUGCUCGAUUUCAUGCCGCAGAAGAAAAGACCGACAUCCCUGAUAAGCGACACGAACGACAGCGUGGAAAUGGGACAGGAAGCCGGAGAGUCAUUGUUUGCUGAAAGCGAGCAGCGCUCCCGAACCAGCAGCCCAUUCCCCAAGUGCCCCACCGAAUUCACGGUCAAAGAUCAGGAAGUUGAGCUCCCGAAAGAGGAAAAAACGAAGCACCAUCGUCUUGGCAGGAAAAAGAAAGGCGCAUCACCGUUGUCGCCUCGAAAAUCUGGCGCCGGACAGACGAGCGAGACGAAUAAUGGUGAUUCCCCGACCAGCAAUAGCGCGGUAUUCGCCCAUUCGCGCAGCACUCGCCAAGUACACCUGCAACCGAACGUUCAAUGGGCUCAGUCGCUGCACUUCGAACUGGACAACGAGGGCUCUCACCGGAAAUGCUACUUGAAUAUGACCGUUCACGCCAGGGAGCGCAACAACUCGUCUAGCGGCACCAGCGAUCCUGCAAAACCCAUAUUGUUGGGCUAUAAUUCCCUCUAUCUGCCGCAAAUCCUUGAUGAUUGCCGCUGUACCUUGUCGAAUUGCCACCGCCAGGUCUUCCACCUUCGACCACCGCCGGGGCUAAACUUGGCGUCGCUGAUCAACACAUCCGGCGAAUUGUCCAACCAUCCUGGCUACGAUCCGCGGCUUCUAUUUGGGGACGUCACAUUGAAUUUCCGCUAUUUCCCCGAUGGGCUGCCCGAAGAGGCGAGGAGCGGACUCCUCGACACUAGCGACGAGGACCCAGCAAAACCGGCAACGGCCUCGACCCCCGCAUCCUUCCACGAUUGGAAGCCGUGGAGUGCCAAGCAAAGUGCCAUCUGUGCCCUCUGCAACGGAAAGAUUUGGCUGAAAAACGGACAACGCUGCGCUCGCUGCCUGAUCGUUUGCCACAACAAAUGCCAGCUCCGAGCUAACAUCAGCAUCAACUGCUCGCAGAACGCGGUGUUGAAGAACGACGAAAAUUUCGAGGAGAUCACUUCCGAGGUCUGCGCGAUGCCAAGUGCAGUAGAACAGCCGGUGGCCGGUGGUGAGGGGCUACCACAAAGUCCGUCCAGAUCCGACUCCGUACCGCACUCAAUGAUACCGCCAAUGACUCCUGACAAGGCUCCAUACCGAAAUGAAACGGAGGCCGUAUCACGGCGAACUCGUCUGAAGGCGCGAGUCAGCGAGAAGAUUGGCCAAUUUUCGUGGCGUAAAAAGAAGGAUCGUCCAGAUGAUGGUUCCGCCGGCACCUCUCAAUCGACCUAUGCGACCGACUUGCCGAGUCCUGUGGCCAGUAUUGCAACGUUGCUCUCGGAUGUGCUGCCCCAACUUGACGGUUCCCCGUUCAUCUCUUCCGUCUAUUUCCAACCGGGCAACGCCUACAACGAGGACACCAUCGCCAAUGCCAAGCGCCUCGGCAAGAGCAUUUUCAGCGAUGUCAGCCCGCUUGAAGAGCGCCAGCGAAAGGUCAACGAGCAGAUUGACCUCAUCCAGAAGGCCAUCCAUGAGACGAAAAGCGGCCGUUUGGAAGCGCUGAAUCGCGAGAGGUCGGAAAGUGAGGGAGAGCGUGGCUCAAACACUUCUCGAGACUUCGAAGGGCUCGACGAACGGCUUCAAGCCCUCGCCGUGCUCAUGCUCCACUAUUGCGCCGCUUUGCAGGAUUGCUGUGAGAAAGAAGACGCCCGCCGUGAACCGAACCCCAGCCCAUCCGAUGCAUCGUCCGACUGCACCAUCAACGACUCAAAUGAACAAUCUAGU